AUGGACCGUGGAAGCUACAACGGACGUGGUGGAGGUAACCGUGGUCGUGAUCGUGGUCGUGUUCGUGGUUACAACGAACAGAGACAAGGCCGUGCUCGUGGUUACAACGAACCGAGACAAGACCGUGCUCGUGCUUACUACGAACAGGAUCAAGUCCGUGCUCGUGGUCAGCACGAACAGGAACAAGGCCGUGGACGUAGUGGAAGGGAUGGGUUUCAGAUGAGUUCAUCUUCAUCUAACCAGCCGAGGCCAUCGGGUCAGCAUCAGUUUACUGAGACUGGGGCUCCGGAAAAUCAGCCGGUUAGUCAGACUCCAGAAGCUACUGUUAUUAGUUGGGCCGAUAGACUCAGAAGAGGUGUUGGUACUGCUUCACCACGGCCACAACAGCAACAGGAUGCUUCAGUUCUUCUGGGGAAAAUCAAUCUGAAGGAUUCAAAAAAACGUGAACCUAUGGGACGACCUGAUGGUGGAAACAAUUCUGACAAGUCGAUUAGCCUGCAUGCUAAUCACUUUCCUGUUAAAUUUAAAGACGGGACUAUCAUUUUGCAUUAUGAUGUGGAUGUUCAACAGGUUGAUGAGAAUCAGCCUGGGAAGCCGGUAACAGAAAUGUUUGAUCUCCGUAAGAUAAGAGAAAAGUGGUUGGUGGAUAAGCCUGCUGAAUUUCCCUGUGAUAAAACUGCAUAUGACGGUAAUAAGAACAUUUUCAGUGCUGUUGAUCUUCCUGCUAAGCCUUUAACUGUGAACUGCUCUGUUGGGGAUGAUGCUAAGGAAUGCAAGUACACGCUUACCUUCAAGCUUGUUGCUCAAUUACAACUUGACAACGUGACCGGAUACGUGAAACGAAACCUCCAGAAUAUUCCUCGUGAUGUACUACAAGGAAUGGAUUUGGUUAUGAAAGAAAAUCCUAGAAGGUGCAGGAUUUCUGUAGGUCGUUGUUUCUACUCUAACAAUGCUUACAAAAAUUUAAAUUGCGGGGUUGUUGCACGUAAAGGUUUUCAGCAGAGCCUAAAGCUAACAUCUGAAGGUCUUGCGUUGUGCUUAGAUUACUCAGAACUCUUGGUAAUCCCGGAACAAAUUUCAGUGAUAGGCUUUCUGGAGAAAUAUUAUGGAGGAAGAAUUGAAGACAUUUUCAAGUAUAGAAGAGCAGCUGCAAGUGAUUUAUUGACUGGUUUGAAAGUCAAAGUAACUCAUCGUCCUAUCAAGCAGAAGUUUGUUAUUAAGAAGCUAACUCCAGGAGAAACUCGUGCUCUUAAAUUUCGCCUUCAAGAUACCGAAGUGGAGGUUUUCGUUGUUGACUACUUCAAUGAAAAAUAUACCCGUAAAAUUCGGUACAAGCAUUUCCCUUCACUAGAUAUUGGAAAAGGGGUUAAGGAAAACUAUGUCCCGGUGGAAUUCUGUGAAUUGGUUGCGGGACAACGAUUUCCUAAGGAUCGUUUGAAAACAGCCUCGCCUAAACCCGAAGAGAGAAGGAAGUUAAUAUGUGAGACGGUACUGGCUACAGAUGGGCCGCGCACGACUAUUCCCGGUAAUUUUAAGAUUCGUGUUGAUGACCACAUGACCCGUAUUUCGGGUUGUAUUCUUCCUGUCCCUGUUUUGAAGCUAGGCGGUCAAAUUCCACCUUAUUUGAAUGAUAAGACAUGCCAGUGGAACCUUGUUGGGAAAUCUGUGGUGGAAGGCAAGGCGCUUCAACGAUGGGCUUUGAUAGAUUUUAGCUCUAAGGAAAGCAGGGACUUGUUGAAGCUACAAGUUGAUAAAUUUGUCUUGAACUUGAGAGAUCGGUGCAGAGAAUUGAGUAUUAAUAUGGAAGAACCUGCUGUAGUACAUUCUACCGACAUGAAGGAGCUCUCUGCAGUUGGCAAGGUUGAAAAUCUCCUCAAAGUUGUGGUUGAUGCAGCUGACCAAAAAAUAAAGGGUAAACUUCAAAUGAUAGUUUGUGUUAUGACAUCAAAGCAUAAUGGGUACAAGUAUCUUAAAUGGGUAUCUGAGACCAAAAUUGGAAUUGUAACCCAGUGUUGCUUGUCUUCUAAUGCCAACAAGCUACAUAAUCAAUAUCUUCCCAACCUCUGUAUGAAGAUUAAUGCAAAACUUGGGGGCAGCAAUAUGGAACUUAUGGAAAGACUCCCUAAUUUCGGAAGUGAUGACAAUGUCAUGUUCAUUGGAGCUGAUGUUAAUCAUCCUGCUGCAGGAAAUGUGAAAUGUCCAUCCAUAGCAGCAGUUGUUGCCACCAUCAACUGGCCAGCUGCUAAUAAAUAUGCCGCUAGAGUCUCUCCACAGGAACACAGGACUGAAAAGAUUAUAGAGUUCGGGAAAAUGUGUAAAGACCUAGUUCGUACUUAUGCGGAACUCAACUCGGUUAAACCAAACAAAAUUGUUGUUUUCCGUGAUGGUGUGAGCGAGAGUCAGUUUGAUAUGGUACUCAACGAAGAGUUGAAUGAUUUGGUAGAAGCGAUAUACGAAAGUAAUAAGUAUCAACCAGCAAUCACUCUUGUUGUGGCUCAGAAGAGACACCAUACACGACUAUUUCCUAUGGAUGGAAAUGUGUCUCCGGGUACUGUUGUGGAUACACAAAUUGUUCAUCCAUCUGGUUUUGACUUCUAUCUUUGCAGCCACUAUGGACAGUUGGGUACUAGCAAGGCAACUCACUAUCAUGUUCUAUUUGAUGAGAAUGGCUUCAAAUCUGUCGAUUUACAACGUCUUAUAUACAACAUGUGCUUCACUUUUGCACGGUGCACUAAACCUGUUUCACUUGUUCCACCAGUUUACUAUGCAGACCUUGUUGCUUACAGGGGACGAAUGUUCCAAGAGGUGCUUAAGGAGAUGAGCUCUUCUAGGUCUACAACUUCAUCCUCUGAAGCUUCGUCGUCAUCAUCUUCUCCAAUUGACUCAUUUGCACAAGGAUUUUAUGAUUUGCACCGUGAUUUGCAGAACACAAUGUUUUUCGUUUGA